ACUGCAGCCUGGCCAUCCCCCCAGGGGUGACGUCUCACUCUCCCUCUCUGUCUCUCUUUGGUGAAUACACAUGCCCUAUGGCAAAACCCUAAACAAGAUGGAAGUUCUGAAACCCGCACGUAGUUUUUCUCCGCGCAUCCUGUGUGAACUUUGGGAAGGCCCUUGCUGGGACGGUGCCGGAGUGUCAAGGAGUUUGAGAAGCUGAACCGGAUUGGGGAGGGCACCUACGGCAUCGUAUAUCGGGCAAGGGACACCCAGACGGGCGAGAUCGUCGCCCUGAAGAAAGUGCGCAUGGACCAGGAGAAGGACGGCCUCCCCAUCAGCAGCCUGCGUGAGAUCACCCUGCUCCUUCGCCUUUGCCACCCCAACAUCGUGGAGCUGAAGGAGGUCGUCGUGGGCAACCAUCUGGAGAGCAUCUUCCUGGUGAUGGGUUACUGUGAGCAGGACCUGGCCAGCCUCCUGGAGAACAUGCCGACGCCCUUCUCGGAGGCCCAGGUCAAGUGCAUUGUGCUGCAGGUGCUCCGGGGCCUCCAGUACCUGCACAGGAACUUCAUCAUCCACAGGGACCUGAAGGUCUCCAAUUUGCUCAUGACCGAUAAGGGCUGUGUGAAGACAGCGGACUUCGGCCUGGCCCGGGCCUAUGGCAUUCCGGUGAAGCCAAUGACCCCCAAAGUGGUCACCCUCUGGUACCGAGCCCCGGAGCUCCUGCUGGGCACCACCACCCAGACCACCAGCAUCGACAUGUGGGCCGUGGGCUGUGUCCUGGCUGAGCUGCUGGCCCACAAGCCCCUUCUCCCGGGCACUUCUGAGAUCCACCAGAUCGACCUGAUCGUGCAGCUGCUGGGCACGCCCAGCGAGAACAUCUGGCCGGGCUUCUCCAAGCUGCCGCUGGCCGGCCAGUACAGCCUGAGGAAGCAGCCCUACAACAGCCUCAAGCACAAGUUCCCCUGGCUCUCGGAGGCCGGGCUACGCCUGCUCAACUUUCUCUUCGUGUACGACCCGAAGAAAAGGGCCACAGCCGGGGACUGCCUGGAGAGCUCCUACUUCAAGGAGAAGCCCCUGCCCUGCGAGCCUGAGCUCAUGCCUACCUUUCCCCACCACCGCAACAAGCGGGCCGCUCCAGCCGUGACUGAGGGCCAGACCAAGCGCUGCAGACCCUGACGGCCAGCCCACAGCACCUGCGUCUCCUCAGCCGCGGGUCAGCUCAUCGGUGGACGGGGCCUUGCGGGCCAGCCGGCCAGGCUCCCAGGGUCUAGUGUGUCCCUGUGCCAGGACCAUCCCCCUCCUCCACUGACUUCUCCCUGUUUCCACCAUGUCCCCCACUACCCACAGAAUGGCAGGGUGUGGACCUGGGCUGGGGCCCCCACUGUGCCUCCCCCAUGGGCUGUGGUGCGCCUGUCAUUCCUGCCAGGCCUUUGGCCAAGGAGACUUGGAGUCUUGGCACCAUAGCUGGUGCUGGCUGUGGCCUUGGUCUCCAUGGGUACCUGGGGGCCAUUGUGACCCAGGGGGCUGACAUGGCCAGGUGUGGAGGAGGAGGGGUAGGGGCCAUGGCAGAGUGUCCCUGCAACACCAGAGCAGCAGCCUGGGCUGGGGGCUGAGCUGCAUCCCUGUGCCCACACUGGCCCCACUGCCCACCUACACUGGCAUAAAGAGAGACGCUUUCUAGCCGA